UACGUUGAUCUAUCAGCUGCCUUGCUACAUCUCGAUUUGAACUCUUCGGUGCUCCUCGGCUUUGUUCUGUCUCACGAAAAGUUGUAAUUAAUAAUGUCAGAGCAUGAUGAUACUUUACUGGACGAAGAUCUCGGAGAUGAGGAAUACGAUCUUGGUAAUGACGAGGAGGAAGCUCUCCUAGCAGAUGACUAUGAAUUAGAAAGGCAGAAUAGCUAUAAGGGAGAAGAGGAAACAGAUGAUGUACUGGACUUAGGAGUCACGGACGCGCUCGACGACUUAGAUGGCGAGGACGAAAAUAUAGAGUUUAGUAGAGGCAAUACUGAUAAACGUAAUGAUAACGAUUUCUAUAAGGAUGGAGAACACCCGGAGGCACAGUCGACGUCGUAUUACGAGCAAGACGAGAAUGCUGAGUACGCGAACGAGCACGAGGCGUUGCCUCAGUCAAAUCGAAACUUGGAAUCCAAUAACGUUAAUGUUUCUAAUAACAUCGCCAAGGGUGAUCUGCGCGAGAAAUUGCAGAAAAACGUGCAGAAGAACGUUUACGUCGGCAACGGGCAAGGGAUGGAGGACGACGAUUGCGAGGAGGCGAGGGAAAGACGGAACAGAUUUCAAAACGAGCGUACGAUGAUUUCUCCGAAGAUGAACAAUGAUAUCCCGGAUACCUUGGAGAACGUCGUCACGUCUGAACCAUCUAGGAUGCCAUUUCGAGGAAGAGGACGAGGUCGCGGAACAAGAGGAAUCAGAGGAGGAAGAUUUAACGUACAAAAUACCGGAAACUUUAAUCCAAGGUUUGGUACGGUACGACCGAAUAACUUUGAUAAUCAGCCACUUGUAUGCAGACCGCCGCUAAUAGAGACCAGACCACCGUGUCUUCUCGCUGUACCAAGUAACGUACAAAAUCAGCAGAUAAUGUACCAACAAGCUAAUCCACAACAACCUUUUCAACAGCCCUUCGGCCUGAAUGGUCCGAUCCAAGGGCCGCCGGCCCAAUUCGCGGAGAAUAGGCCGCAGUUCAAUCCCGGACAGUUCCAGGGCCCUUUGGGACCGCGGCCGAUCGGUUCGAGAUUACUCGAGUACGGGCCCAGAGGUUCCUUACCGGCGGGAUCCAUGCAGGGACCUAACUAUAAUUGCCCACCCAAUCAGCCGCCAUAUCACUCGCCGAUGCAACCGCCAUUCCAAAAUCCAGGUGGCAUUAUGCAGGAGAACCGGCCAAUGCAGGGUAAUCAAGGGCCCUUGUUGCAAGGAAAUCCGGGCGGUGGGUCACUUCUCGGUAAUCCGAACGUGCUACUGCCUGGGAAUCCGCCAAAUUUGCUGCCACCAGGGGGAAAUCUACCGAUGCCACCUAUACAGGGAUUCCCACGACAGCAACCCUCCCAGGGUCCGCCCAUGCAGAAUUUGCCGCCAAACGUACAAAUGCCUAGUCAGCCACCCUUCGAACAGAACAGACUGCCACCGUUUCAAGAGCCGCAAUUCGAGAAUCGGAGUGUAUUUGAUGCGAGGGCUGGUUACCAUCCUGAUCAAGUACCCAAUAACCAAUUUAAUAAUACGAUUCAGCCGGUACCACAACAGUCGGCGUCUAACGUGUCACACGGUGUGUCUUUGCCUCCAGGCCACAAAAUUUUAAUCAAUCCUCAUUUCAGAGGCACUGUCCAACCCGCGAAUGAUGCUCGACUUGUCUGGGAUUCUAAUCAAGGUCAACCGCAAGUUUCUCACAGCGGACAAUUUUCACAACCACCUUCAUCCUAUCAAAGUCAAGGAUCUUAUAAUCAGCAAGGUUCGUCGCAGUAUCAACAGAGUUAUCAGCAAAAUAAAAGUGAUGAUCCAUAUGCAUAUUUUUCUGAUGUGUGGCAAGAAAAUAGACCACAAAGAUCUCAAAAUAUGAGCCCGACCAAGCAUUAUCCCUCGGAUAGCAGUUAUUCCCGAGAAAGUAGCUAUAAUGAUAACAAAUAUAAAUCGGAGAGCCAAUGGGAUCAAAGAAACAAUUAUACAGAAGAUCAUAGAGGAUCUCACCAAAAUUAUCGGGAUAGAGAUUUGCCUUUACGAACAAGGAAUGAUCAUGUGCAGAGAAAUAGAUCGCCACCGAGUAUGUAUCGCGGCGAUUCUUAUGAUCAAAAAUCUAGACCGAUAAAUGUUACGUCUCGUGGAGCAAACAGGCCAUCUCAAAAGAGGACUUCUGAAUCCUCGGAUAAAGGACCUCGGGAAUUGAGUCCAAAACGUAAUAAACCGCCCAACAGAAAUCUUCAAGAGGUGCGAAGAGUGGAUACAGUAGGUGAAAUCACAGCUGAUAAGGAUGAAGAUAAUGAUCCGGAAAUGCAGGAAUAUCGCAAGAAAAUGGAAGAACAAAAACGUCUUCGGGAAAAAUUGUUGCGCGAGAAGGAGAAUAGACGUAAAAUGGCCGCGAUAGAGAAACAAAAUGAGGAUGCAAAGACCGAUUUGAAUGCUGUAACAGCAAACGAAAAUAUACAGCAAGAAACAAAACCUGUAUCAACGUUGAUGGGAUUUGUAAAUGACAGCACAAUUAAAACUCGCCCUGGUGUUGCGAAAGGACGCAAUCGUCCUAUUAAUACACAGAGUACAGAGGUGUCAGAUAGAUCAUCUAACGUGCGAAUUAUCAGAACGAUACAAACCAAUGAUUUAUCAGACACGACUGGUCCAAAACCUAAUUCUGGACACAUGACUAAUCAAGCCAGUGAUACUGUUCAGACAAGACAAGUGGUACAACAAUCUGGUGUACGAAGAGUCGUGAUACAAAAGCCUCUACAGAAAGUUGCUACUACGAUACAAAAAACUGUCUCCAAUCUGCAGAAGAAUCCAGGAUUGCAGCAGAAAGUGUCUAACACACAAGUUGUACAGACUCAAAAGAUUUUGCAAAAUCAGGGUAAUACAUUACAAAAACCUGCGAUUGCCGGACCGAAAUCUGUAACUCAGAGAGUGAUAGCGCAUAAAAUACCGGGUGGUCUGCAGAAAACUGUAAUUAAUGAUAGUGCAACUGCUCAAAGUCAGAAAGUCACGAAUACACAGCAAAAUCCCCAGCGAAUCGUCCUGCAGAAGUCUGCGGUUCAAGUGAAAAAAUCACCCGAGAUAAAGACAAAUACGGUUAAAUUAGAAAAUUUGGCCGCGAGCACGUCUGAAGCCCAAAUCAGACGUAUGUGUCAAGCCAUCGGAACCAUUGAGAGCAUACGUAUGGGCGAGGGUAAUGCGACCAUUGUGUUUAAGACGCAAUCCGCCGCUAUGGUGUUUCACAAGAAAUACCAGCGUAAAAUGCUCGAUCUAUCGCUGAUAACUGUUCGUCUUGUGCCGCAAAGCACACCCGGGAAUAAAGCGGUCACAGCAAUCGCGAAGAAAUCUUAAAGAGGAGAGAAAAGAAUCUCGAGACAUCCUCAGUAUAUCUUUAAUGUUAAUUCGAUAUAAAUCAUGAUUUCUGAAUAUCUCUUUCGUUUGGUUUAGCAAACCUACUUAACAGAGAUAUAAAAAAAAA